AUGAAGUUCUUCGGCGGUAGCAAGAAACCCUCCUCUUCUGCGUCCAAGAAGCACGCGUCCAGUCCCAGCCUCGACGACCGCCCAGAUUCGCGGCAGCACGCUCAUUCAGAGCCUCCCUCCCCCACCAAGCCGUCGACGCCCUCGUCCGCGUCGGCCACCCCGCGGUCGUCGCCCAAAAAAUCUUCGAGGCCCGCCUCCUACCGGGACUCGACCAGAGACCGCGACCCUGCCGCCUCCCCCAAGUCUUCGUCGUCACCACGCACCUCGAGGCUCUCCCGGCACGCCACCGAGCCCACGUCGUCGUCGCGACGGAGCAGCAAAUUUGACUCCGACAUCCAUCCGUUGAAUCUGCCGCCCGAGGAGCGCAAGCGCUUCUCCGCCCUCGCCAAUUCCGCAAUGAGCGGCAGCAACGCUAUGGAUAUCGACCGGGAGCCUCCCGUCAACGGCAACGGCACCGCGCCGUCCUCCUCGCCGCCGCCGCCGGCUACCCCAAACCCCUCGGCCCAGGCAAACUUCUCCGUGCCCAUUCCCAACGGCACCUCCCACGACGAGGCACCCGCCCCGCCGCCGCACAAGUCCAACCCUUCCAGCCCUGUGCCCACGCCGCAGGAGGACGCCGAGGCCUACAAGGCUGCUGGCAACCGCUUCUUCAAGGAGAGGAACUACAGCAAGGCAAUUGAGCAAUACACCAAGGCCGUCGACUUGUUCCCCGAUUCACCAACCUUCCUCAGCAACCGCGCCGCCGCGUACAUGUCCAAUGGACAGUACGAGUCCGCCCUCGAGGAUUGCUCUCAUGCCGCCGAUGUCGAUCCGCAAAACCCCAAAAUUCUGCUGCGGUUGGCGCGCAUCUACACCGGCCUCGGCCGACCAGAGGAGGCCAUGACCACCUUUGGGCGCAUCGACCCAGCCCCGUCUGCCAAGGACAUGGCGCCGACCCGGGAGAUGCUUCACCACAUCAAUGCCGCUAGGGAUAGCUUGCGCGAGGGCACGGCUGGGUCCAUGGUUCUGCAUGCUUUGGACCAGGCUGAGCGCGGCCUGGGCCCGGGCGUGAGCAAGCCCCGCAAGUGGCAGCUCAUGCGGGGCGAGGCGUACAUCGCCAUGGGACGCGAGAAUUCGCUGGGCGAGGCACAGAACAUCGCCAUGUCGCUUCUGCGGCACAACAGCCAGGACCCCGAGGCCCUCGUUCUUCGUGGUCGCGUCCUCUACGGCCAAGGCGACAACGAAAAGGCCAUCCAGGCAUUCCGCAUGGCCAUCAACUGCGACCCGGACUUCCGCGACGCGGUCAAGUGGUUGAGGAUUGUUCAGAAGCUGGACCGCAUGAAGGAGGAGGGCAAUGUCGAGUACAAGGCUGGUCGGCUGCAGGCCGCCAUUGAAAAGUACACGGCGGCCCUAGAGGUUGACCCUUCCAACCGAAACAUGAACGCAAAGCUCCUGCAGAACCGGGCGCAGUGCAAGAUCAGGCUCAAGCAGUACGAUGACGCCAUCGCCGAUGCAGAGCGCGCCGUGACCCUGGACCCCGGCUACACCAAGGCCCGGAAGACCAAGGCCAACGCGCUUGGCCAGGCGGGCAAGUGGGAAGAUUCCGUCAAGGAAUGGAAGGCAAUUCAAGAGCUCGACCCGGAGGACCGCACCAUCCCCAAAGAGGUCCGCAAGGCCGAACUGGAACUCAAGAAGAGUCUGAGAAAAGAUUAUUACAAGAUUAUGGGCCUGGAAAAGGACUGCGAGCCCGACCAGAUCAAGAGGGCCUACCGCAAGAUGGCCGUCAAGCUUCACCCGGACAAGAACCCUAAUGAUCCCGAGGCCGAAGCCAAGUUCAAGGAUAUGCAGGAAGCCUACGAAUGCUUGAGUGAUCCUCAGAAGAAGGCCGCCUACGACAACGGUGACGACCUCAUGGACCCCGCCGACAUGUUUGGCGGCGGUGGCAUGGGCGGCGGCAUGGGCGGCAUCGACCCAGAGAUCCUCUUCAGCAUGAUGGGUAACCAGGGCGGCUUCGGAGGCGGUGGUUUCCGCGGUGCCGGUGGGUUCCCAGGAGGCGCCGGAGGCUUCCCCGGUGGUGGCGGCUUCCCUGGAGGCGCCAGCUUCAACUUCAACACGGAGUAUGAUACGGGCGAUGAGGUCGAGGACGCCGACGAGUGGGCGUGGGAAGAAGCCGGCAUGCCGGAGGACGCAGCCAGGGCAGCAAAAGAGAAGCUGCACGGCGAUUUCCGGCGACGGCGGGAAGCCCGGGACGAGCUGGUCGAUACCCUGCGACGCUACGGCAUGGCAGUGCUGGCCGCCACCGUCCUGCUCCCUCCACAGCUGGUCGCGCUGGGGCUCGUCGGCGUCGGCCUCUUGUACUUGUGCAACAGGUACCUCUGGCCCGGGAGCGGCAACAGGGCCACGGCUUCGAGUGGAUAG